AGAUCUCCUAAGACAGAUUCGAAUGCCUGAAUCUGCAGCAGUAGUGGAAAAAUUGGACAUUAAUGGAGCUAAAUUUUUGAUGGACCUGUAGAGACCACUGCAGUGUAAUAUGCAGGACUGUCUUCUGGAAGACUCAGACAGCUCUCAACAAGCCAGUGCUGCAUGGCAGAGGGUGGUGAGACAACGGCUGGAAUGCCUAAGGAGACUGCAUCUUUGGCUUCUUAUUAACCAGUGUGAAUAUAUCAGACUAUGAGUUGAACAAAUUCAAUAUAAUGCACCAGCCAAACCAGGCAGAGAUAACCCGUGGGAUUCUAUCUGCUCGGUAUAGCACUCCUUACGAUCAUAGGAAACAGCACAUGUUUUCAUUAAAUGGUCACUAGUUUACCUGAUACUAUCAACACGGAACAUGGACAAGUUCAAUAAGAUCACUGAGCCAGCUGGUCAGAAGCUAAGGCAGCUUCAAAAGAUGGUACAUGAUAUCAAGAAAAAUGAAACUGGAAUAAUGAGCAAAUUCAAAAAGUUCCAAAAUGAACAAGUGGCCUUAAUUUGCAAAACUGGGAAAAAUACUUGGGAUCGGCUAAAAAAUAAACCCCCACCAAGUGUACCACAAAGGGAUUAUGCUUCAGAACAUGCAGAGGAUGAAGAUGAACAAUGGUCUGAUGAUUUUGACAGCGAUUAUGAAAAUCCAGAUGCCCACUCUGAUUCAGAGAUGUAUGUGGUCCCAAGUGAAGAGAACUGUGAUGACAGUUAUGAGCCCCCUCCAACUGAGCAAGAGAAAAAGAAGAUUCCUUCAUCAUUUUCAUUUUCAAGGGGAGAAUACGCAGACAAUCGCACUACCCACCAGGAGCCACUGCCAAGCAGGCCAAGUCAGUCUUUAAUUAAACCGAAGAAACCAUCUAAACCAUCUCUGCCAUCAUCAUCUGCCACUCUGAAACCAAAAGUGCCACCCAAGACCAAAGAGUUCCAUGAGGAUGAGGAUGAUUAUAUCGUGCCUGUAGAUGAUGAAGAUAACUACAUUGAACCUACGGAAGGCAGUACUUCACAAUCUACAAAACCUCCUAUAAACAGAUCUGUCAAGCCAACAAAGCCAGUUCUUCCUAGCUCUGCCAAGUCCUCUCCUGCUCCUGCGUCUCCUUUCGUGCAAGACGUCUAUGAGGUUCCUGAAGAAGAGGAAAAACCGUCACCACCAACAAGCAGGAACACUAAACCUCUUCCUCCCAAGCCUGUUCAGAGUACAGGAGGACGUUCCCACAUGCUCAGCUCAGCCAAAGAAUCCUCUAAACCAGACACUUCCAGAAAUAUUCUUCCUCUUCCCAGAAACCAUCCUCAGCAAAAAGCAGAGCACGAUAGGAAUGAAGAACAUAAUGAUGAAAAUCACAGCAGCAGUGGAGCUCAGGAAUCCAAAUUUCCCUCUGUUGCAAUUCCAUCACCAUUACCAAGGGCAAUAAAGAAGACACCUAAUCCAGUAAAACCACCAAAACCAAGUUUACCACACAAAGAGAAUUUAAGUGUUACUGAAGAGAAACCUACAGCCGCUGAACGGCGACGAGGUCCCAACCAAGAGCUCCCACUUCCACCCCUACCAACAACAGCCCAAAAGCCAUUACUUCAAAAGCCACCAGCCCUACCAAAAUCGCUAGACACUGCAAACCGCACAAUGGGCACUCUUCCACGCAGCAGUAUUUCAGCUAGUUUGGAUACUACAGACCAGGAUGCUGGUGUUCAUGAUAAAGCGUGGUAUGCAGCUUAUUGUGAUAGAAAAACUGCAGAAGAUGCAUUAUACAAAUCAAAUAAGGAUGGAUCUUUUCUGAUAAGGAAGAGUUCUGGUCAGGAUUCAAAGCAGCCAUACACACUAGUUGUGUUUUACAACAAAAAAGUGUAUAAUAUCCCUGUACGAUUUAUUGAAACAACUAAACGAUAUGCACUGGGCAGAGAAAAAACUGGCGAGGAGCGCUUCACAAGUGUUGCUGAAAUAAUAGAGAAUCAUCAGCAUACACCCCUGGUUUUAAUCGACAGCCACAACAACACAAAAGAUUCCACCAAACUGAAACAUAUUGUUAGAGUUUCAUAAUUACACUGAACUGUAAGAAGAUCAAGAUUUUUAUAUGUAUUUUUCCAACUUCCCAAAGUUUCUGGAUCAAGUAUUUUAAACAACAAAAAAAAAAAUUUUUUUAAAUUCAAUACGUUCAAAGAACUACAUCUACCACAGCUCACUGUUUUCAAUAAAGCAAUUCAUUUGCAAAAUCCAGAGCUCUUGAAAGUAGAAUGACUAUAACUAAGAAAUGGACCACUGUAUGCAACCAGACAAGGAUAGUAUGUUGCACCAUGUUUGGGAUUUCAAGAUGUGAAUGGAUUAGCACUGCCCGGAGCUCUACUCCGACUGUCUGAUUCAUGAGGUUUUUGGUUGUAUUUUUAAUGUGCAAAUAAAAUGUAACAAUACUAUAAAAUGAAUAAUGUACAGUAAUAUUACUGGUUGAUAUUUACUGUUGUACUUCUAACUGCUGUCAGAAUACUUUAGUAUAGCUUGUGUUUAUUUUAGUGUAAAUAUCUUUGCAUGAACUGCUUCAUACAUUCUAUUGUUACAACAAAUAUCAAUGUACAGUUUGCUCAUAUGCCUGUAUUUUUUUCCCCAUGUAUAUUUUUAGCUAGACAGUUUUCUCAAAUGCCUGUCUGCAAAUUGUUACCUGUAGGAUUCAGAGCUUACUGUAGGAACACCAGAUUCCUUCGUUGCUAAAUAUUACUUAAACACUACAUUCUUGGGCAAUCAAGAGGGAAACUGAAGCAGGAUUACUACAGUGCCAUGCUGCAGGCUGGCAUGUUCCAGGAUCACCACCUGUACAAUUCCAGCAUCUGCCACUAGUAGAUACAAGAGACAAGAUGGGUGAGGUAAUAUCGUUUAUUGGACCAACUUCUUUAGGUGAAAGGUACAAGCUUCCAAGCUACACCGAGCUCUUCUUCAGGUCUGGAAAAGAUAAUCAGCGUCCCAGCUAGAAACAAGGUGGGACAGAUUUUUUUAGUUUAAGGGAUAAACAGCUGUUGCAGGAGAUCCUUUAAGAUGAAGUGGGCAAUUAACACCUCUGCAGUCAUAGGACAAAGGAGGGUUAGUGGGUUACAGACUGUUGUCAUGAGUAAAAUAAGUAUCUCUGUUGAGUCCAUGAUUUUUUGAAUCUAGCCAAGUUACGAGUUGAAGCUCCCAGUCAUGACAUCAGCUGUUUUCAUCAGAUACCAAGUCUAGUGGGUUCUAAAUAUAUUUUAAGUUGUUUUUAGUCUGACAUCUGAGGACAUAGUAAUUAUCUUUUCAGAUAUCUUCCAUAUUACAAUGCAAUACAAAAAAAGUACUCCAGUUGACUUUAAGAAUAAUUAAUGCAUAGAUAAAUGUUGAAUCAGUGAACAAUAAUUUUAGGGCUAAAAGUAAGGCUUAAUUUUAAGGAAGACAAAUGCAGUACUCAACCUGCUUUUAGUUCCAGAGCUCAGGGAGGAUGUGGAACCAUCUCACUUACUUAUUCAUAUUAACAUGCAAGAAUUAGAGUACUUGAUGUCUGUCUGAUACUAAAAUUGCAGCAGAAUGACCAAAUAGUGUAAUUUAUUCCUGCCAGUACUGUUCUUUGAAAGACAUGGGAGCUCACAUUCUCAAAAUUCAAAAGCUGAGACAAAACUACAUUCCUUUCUCUCUAAAACCACCCCUAGUAGGCAAGUUGUAAAAAAACAGAAAAACUGGAUGCUGAUGUCACAAUAGCUCUGGAACAAACAGAUACUAAAAAACUUUUUAGAGAAGUUGUUAUACUUUGUGUAUUGCUAUUGUAACAAAGAAUACACAAUGGGCCAAAUUCUAGGCCCACUAAGGUCACUUUGCACAUCUGGAAUGGCAGGAGCACACUGCUGUUAAGAUUUUAGCCCAAAGCAUUUAGUUAUUCUCCAGAUUUUCCUAACAGGAGAAAUUCUAGCCCCAUACCUGUAAGCAGUUACCAUCCACUCCCAAGUGUGCUAAGAUUUUAAUGUCUGUCUCUUUAUAUACAUAUACACACUAUAUACAAAUUACAUUAAAAGAAUGUUAAAGUUACUAAGCACUCAGACAUUAGGAAAUGUCAACAUUAGGCGGUCUGUGCAGCCUUAAUUUGGCAUACUUGUGUACAUGCAUUAUGAUAUAUUCUUUAAUUACAUGAUCAACUACUAUUUUUCCACGCAACCACCGCUUCAUUCAGUACAUUAUAGGAUGGUGUGUGCUCACUUGAGUAGCUAUUCAAUAUUUUGUUUUCUAUAUAUGGCCCCAUACCUUAUUUAUUGCAUAAUAUUCAAACCUACUCUGAAAAGAGAAUUAUUUCCUCAUGGGCUUUUCUAUGAUGCUCAUCACUAUAGUAUCUGAUUGUUGUGAAAAUAAAUGAAUACAUGAGAAACAUUCACAAAGUGAGCAGUGGUAUCCUCCCCAUUUUACAGAUGGGGAACAGAGACAAAGAGGUUAAGGUCAAAAGCCUCUUUAUAAUUUUUGGUGCCCAAUGUGCAACUCUUAGGACCUUACUUUUUAAAUUUUUUAUUAUAUAGCACUUCAUAUGUUCAAAGCACAGCUCCCCCAAUUAUAGUUCCCACUGUAAGUGCUCAGCACUUCUGUAACUCAGACUCCAGGUUAUCAAAUCAGACACUCAGAAAACAGUGAACACACAAUUAGUAACCACCUGUGAAAUUUUGGUUUAAGUGACUUGCCCAGCAUCACAGAGGAACUCUGUGACAGAGGCAGAGACAGACUCCAGUUCUCCAGGAUUCUCAACUGUCUUAACCAUGAGACCAUCUUUUCUCUUCUUGCAAUCUUCUACCUCAUUCACUACACAACUUCCAACUUCUGCAACAAAUGAAACGGGUCCUACAAACAACAGCCCACUUUACUACACAACACUGAUUAUCCCUAGAGUACCGUACCUCUAACCAACUGAAUGAAAAAGGGGUCCCGGGAUGGGGCGGAAAUAGUAUGUGGUCAUGUAAUUAAAGACUUAUCAUAAUACAUAUGCAUGCAUGGGAGAGGAGAAUUAAGGUUGCACAGGUAACAUUACUUCUGGCAUUUUCCAACUUUUAAGUGCUUGAAUGCAAAUUAGAAAAAAGAAUUCUAUCAUGUGGCAUCAUAUUGGCACCUACAUGGAGCCACAGCACAGAACUCUAACUUUGAGUUAACAGAGUAACUGAUAGCAGCAGUAGGUUGUCAUCCUCAAUAUGGACCAGCCACUUUGCCGGUGCGUUUCCACAGAUUUGUGCUGACAGCAGAGGAAUGAUUGAAAUCUUGAGUUCAAUUCCAGGUUCUGGAAGGAAGUGUGCUCUAGUAGACACAAACCAUUCAGCCCCUGUUCCUUCCUCCUCCACCCCAAAAAAAAUACAUUGAUCCCUUCUGCUCCUGUCCCAGUCCCAUCUCUCCCCAGCCAGCCUCCUCAUCCUAAUCCCAUUCUUCUCCAACAUACUCCUUAAGUACCAAUUUUCCUUCCAACACAGCUCACAGUCCCAGUAUCCCCACCCAUUUCCUUGUGCAGCCAGUCCCAGACUCCAGGCCUCUCAUCCAACCUCAGUCUUGCUCCUCCACUUGUUCUCAUUUUCCAUUGUCCCCAUUUCUCCUUCCCAUGCUCCUUGUCCCAUUCUACUCCCACAGUUGCUGUCAGCCUGGUUCUUGUCCCCACUGCAAUCAAAUCAGGCUAUUGCUCUUUCACAUUGCCUAGGCACCAGCAGAAAUGCCGGGACUGGACAACGGGAUGAAUUACUUGAUAAAUUCUGCUCUUCUGUUUAUUCCCUCUGAAGCAUUGGGCACCGACCAUUGUCUGAAGACAGGAUACUGGGCUGGGUGGAAUCUUCCAACUCUCGGUUCCUGUGCCUAGUACAACUGCCCACAGCAACCUGCAUGGAAACUCCUGCUCAGUCCCUGGACUGCUCAACUUCAAGUAUCUAUGCAAUGUGAACGAACAAAAGAUCUUUCAAAGGCUUAAAAUUUGGCCAAAUUUGGGUGGUUUUUCACAAGAGAAAAGGGCACAAAUCUGACACAAAUAUCGUGCCAUGCCUCUGCCAAAUUUCAAACCCCUGUUCCCACGUAUAGAGGCACUAGAGCACAACUAAAUAUUUCCCCCAAAUGUUGUUCUUGGAAAUGGCUGAACCAUUUUUGCUGGAACUUUCAAGAACAACCUGAAGUAGAAACCCAGCAUGCAAAAUUUCAUCCCAAACAGUUAAAAGUUUGGCAAAAUAAUAAGCAACUAAAGACAAGGUCUUACAACGGGAAAUGUCACGCAACCUUAACAGCAGGCAGCACUACCAACUGCAUCUAUAAUAUAAAAUGUUAAUAAAAAGAUUCUGGUGUGUUCUAUU